AUGCUCUUUGGCGUAGUUAGUGAUGUGGCGAUGGCCGCCGCCGUGCUAUUGACGGCCCUUGGAGUGCUGGCUUGGGUGACUUCACGACCGCACAGUGGCGAUAUGCUGGAGGUGUCACAGCUCUAUGUCUAUCCAGUAAAGUCGCUCCGCGGCACGGCGUUGAAGACGGCUCAUGUCGGCAAGUACGGAAUGGUGGGAGAUCGCACAUUCUCUCUGCAGAGGGUUCACCGGAACGAGAACAAAGAGAUCACGAGGUACGAGACCGUGCUUGCUGGGUAUUACCUGCAAAUGGCGCUGUUUCGAGCCUCGGUCGAGUUCAAUGAGGAGUUCGAGAACGCACCCGGCGCCGAGGUCAUCGUAUCAUGGCACGGCAGGGGCACCGACUUUGACACUGCCAGAAAUGUCCAUACUGAGGACCAGAUUCGGUUUCCUCUACGGCCUUCGAUCGAAGGACGGGAAAAGAUUGACACCGUCUUGCAUACGAGCGAGGCACCCGCAUAUGACAUGGGAGACGAGUACGCAACAUGGUUCUCCGAUCGCCUAGGUAUGGAGAUUCGGCUUGUCUACAUAGGAGACGGCUCGCGGCCGGUCCUUGGCUCAUUUGCGCCAAACAGCAGGGCUGGACUCUUGAAAGGCCGGCUGGUCUCUCGUUUGAGAGGGCUCGUACCAGGCUUGGCAUACACCCCUGAGCGCUUAGUUUUCAACGACAUUGCCCAUUAUCUCGUCGUGACAGAGGAAUCGAACAACCAGGUCACAUCGCGCCUAGAAGCUGGUUACGAGAUGGACGUGAGGAAAUUCCGGCCCAACAUCGUCGUCAAAGGGGCAUCUGGCCCAUUUGUGGAGGACUACUGGGGCGAGUUGACUUUCGAUGGUGGCAUCCAGAUGCCCCUGACCGCAAACUGCUACCGCUGCCAAAGCAUCACCGUGGAUUACAACACGGGCAAGACCGCGACUGACGACCGGGGCAUGGUGUGGAAGAAGCUGAACAAGGAUCGAAGAGUUGACAAAGGUGCAAAGUACAGCCCUGUGUUCGGGCGCUACGGUUACUGCUUUGGUGAAUCCUCGGGAAAGAAACUCUUUCUAGGGCAAAAGGCCCAGGUGACGUAUAUCAACAAGGAGCGAACCACAUUUGGUAUGUUUCCUGGUCAAAUGUGA